GAUCGUAUCAAAGCGCACAAACUUGCUUUAUAUGUAAGAGAAAUUGAUAGCGUUGCAUCCUCGAUAAAAGACGAGGAUCUGUUAAAUCACUUUGAUCAAUUUUUUACCAUAACUGAAGUAAGCAAUAAGAAUAGUAGAAAUGAGCUAAUUAAUCGCGCAAGAAUAUAUAGAACAAUAAGUGAAAAACCUAAAAAUGAAAUACAAAGUUUUUUAGCUAAUCAAAAAGAGAGUCUUUCGUAUGAAAUAACGUCACCUAAAAUUGAUAAUUUUUUACCACAG